AUGGCCAAGUUUAAUAUAAAGGUUACUAAUGGCAUAUUAAAAGGCAUUAAAAGAAAAGGCGGGGUGAGGUGGGAGAAUUGCAUCCUGAUCCUACACCUGUGAUAACAGGCUGCCUUGAAAGACACACAAUCGGUGCCAUCUCUGUCAUGGCAAUUCCUGAUGAUCACGUUCAUUUACUCACCCCAGAUUUGCCUAGCACAGCAUCAGAGAUUUGUAGUGGAGAGGUGGUGUAUUUUACAAUUUUAUGAUGUUCUGAUUAUUUGAUUGUACAACCCCGUGGUUCUUUUAGUUAGCGGUUUAUAUUUUUAAAAACAAAUAAAAUAUAAUAAUUUGCAUUGCUUGUUUGCCCGCCACCGAUUGUAGGUUUGGUCGACACAGACUGGAGUGGACCACUUCGCAUUUCAGCUGAAGAAGGAUGCCUCCCCCCACCCAGUAAGUUUUCACCUCCAGUAAAAAAACUCCCUACAAGUUUUUUUAAAAACUAGCACUUCUCCUUACUGUGCUAGCUUUCUGCUUGCGGGGGUGGGGGGACAACCUGCAAGGAAGUGUUCACUCUUUUGAUCCCACUCUCCAUGAUACUAGGGAGUGUUACUCCCCAGGCGCUCCGCGUGUAGAACAAGCAGUGAAUUUCCUUGUCUCCACGUGGGUCCGAUCUGGUAAGAGCUUGUUUCCUUUCCCCACCUCCUCGAUCCGAAUAUUAUUGCUAUUUACUUAUUUAGCACUACCCGCCUUUCGUCCUAAGGUCCAGGGGCGGGUCACAACAAUUAAAACACAACAUGUACAAUUUUAAAACAACUAUUUUAGGCUGUGGUUCAACACACGCUUUCUGGGUGCAGCGGAGCUUGCUACCGAGUAAAGCCUGCGUUGUUGCUCCGGGAAGCAUGCUUUGCUUCCGGUGAGACACGGAUCCCGGCUGCUAAACUGGAACUCACCCACCCCGCACAUUUUCUUGGGAAAUCCCACUAAUUUCCGCGUAAAGCAUGCAGCGACCCUGCGCACCCUUUUCUUAGGAGUAAACCUCAAUCUUGAACUCGGUGGAGCUUCCUUCCGAGGAAAACUUGCGGCACGGUUGUCUGAAUGUGAACGGCAGUCAGCGCUGUCUGCUUCCUUCGGAGGAAACAGGCACAGGAUGAGGCCGGCGGGAUGCAAACCCCACGCAUCCCUACUGGGUAGUGAGCCCCAUUGGAUUUCAAUGGGAUUGUGCGCGAGUUAAGCGCUCACAGGCUGGCGCUGCAAAGCUGCGGUCCUCUGCGCGCUCCAGAUUCCCCCUGGAAUCCGAAAUCGGGCUCCGCAUCCCAGAGGCGGGGCGUCAAAUCCGGAUCUUCCAGGGAGUCUGGAAGCCCUUCCGAUUCAAACCCAGCAGCCUCCGCCUCCAGCUCCGCCUUUGCCCGGGACUGGCUGAGCCGUCCUUCGCCUACCUCCGGAGGACGUUGCUUUUCGCCGGUCGCUCUCGAUCCUCUCCUCCUCCAUAUAUACAUGGAACGGGUGAGUCCAUUUAGCUUCAAAUCUCUUUCUCUCUGCUUUCUUUCAUCUGCUCCUUAUAAAUGUAGUUAUUUCUCUCUCCAGAAAUGCUGAUCUCUUAGUUUAAGCCCCACAACUUAUUCCCUCCCCCCCCCCACUCCACAUGCUGCUUCAGAAAGGGAAUGAAGCAAGAGUUCCCUUAAGCGUGUGCAGAGUUCUUUUCCCACUCAUUGAAGAGCAAAGGAAGGAUCCCAGUGGGAAAGGACCAUAGUUCAGUGGUAGAACAUUUGCUUGGCAUGCAGAAGGUCCCAGGUUCAAUCCCCCGCAUCUUCGGGUGGGGCUGGGAGUGGCCUCUGCCUGAAAACCUGAAGAGCUGCUGCCAGUCAGUGUAGACAACAAUGAGCUAGAUAGACCAGUAGUCUGACUCUGUAUAUGACACCUCCUCCUAUGUUUCUAUGAAAGGGGAAGGGGGUUUGAUUUUCAAAUCCCUCAGUACCCCCCCCCAUAACAAUAUAUAAAUCACUGCCGUUAGUUUGUAGUUUGUUAUGUUUUAAGAGUUUUUCAUCUAUUUUGAUUUUAUUUGUUAUCUGUUUUUCAUUAGUCACCCUUAGGCUAACCCUUAGGCAUUGGCUUGAAGAGUGGGAUAGAGAAACUUGCAUUAAUAAUAAUAAUAAUAAUAAUAGUAAUAAUAAGCGUUGCUGAUCCCUGGCUUUAAGCUUCUUCUACAUCUUCUGAUGUGUUCCUGUCCAACGUUGUAUGUUUAUACCUUUUGGGGGUUUCUUUUAUUUGGCUUUUCAAUGACGACCCCACCCCCGCCCCUUUUCAAUUUUAGCUCUACAAAUGCUAGGCUGCCAUGAUUCUAUAAUGUCAACACGCUUACCUGGGAGUAAGCCCACUGAACAUAGCAGUACUGUCUUCUGAGUAAACAUGUAUAGGAUGCCUAGGUCCUCCAAAUUUUGCUGAAUUACAACUCCCAUCAGCCCCAGCAAACAUAACCAAUUGUCAGAGAUGAUGGGAAUUGUAGUUCAACAACAUCUGGAGGGCCAAAGGUUCCCUGCACCUGGGUUAGCACAUUGAACUGGGAGUAGGGAGAAUCAGUCUUACCUCCCUCAUAAGGCUGUUGUGAUAUUUAGUUAUAUACGGGGGGGGGGGAUCAAUUUUAUACCCUCUGGCUGUGGAGGUUCAGAGUGGAUAGGUCAGAUCCUUUAUUAAUCUGAACUGUGCAUGUUUCAAAACAUGUCCCACUUAGAGCAGAGGCUUGCUUGAAAUUGGAGUGUGUGUCUAGGCAAGCUUGGCUAAUAACUGGGUGAAUCUUUUGGGGCCUUUGGACUUUUCUUUGUUGACAAAAAAAAUCGUAUGCAAGGCACACUGGGUAAAGCUAAUUCGAAAUACAGCAUUUUCCGUCAUUGUAACAACAAUGUGUCACAGCAUGUGACUUAAAAAAAAAAAAAAGUGCAGUGACCUUGCCUGAUCAAACCCAAAGUUCAGGACAUCCGUUGCCAAUGAUGACUAUCCAGGGGUCUCCGGAAAUCCACAAGUGGAACAGGAAGGUGUCUGCUCUUCCAUCCUCCUGUGGGACCCCAGUAUUCAGGUAGACUGUCCCUCUACUUGGAGGCUCAAAGUUUGCUCUCUUAGCUGAUCUCCAUAGAUGAGGGAUGGGGAAGCUGUGCCCCCCCCCCCCAUGAUGCUGAACUAUAUCUCCCAUAAUCCUUGACCAUUUGCCAUGUUGUCUGGGGCUGAUGGGAGUUUGAGUCCAGCAGCGUCUGAAGGGGACCAGUUUGCUUACCACUUAGUUUGGGCCUUGAAGGGCUGAUCUCUCCCUCUCCCUCUCCUUUCCCUCCACUCUGAAUUUCCUUUAUUGUUUCUGGCCUUUUUUGUUUCUAAGCCUGAUGCCAGGGCCUGUCUCUCUCUUAUUUCUAACGUAACUUGAUCUGAGAGAUUAUCGUCGUCUGAAAAACAGAAUAAAAAAAUUAUAAAUAAAUAAAACUUUGGAAGGCCUUGAAUACACUGAAGUAGAAAGACAGUAUUAUUAUUAUUAUUAUUAUUAUUAUUAUUUAUUAUUAUUUCUAUUCUGCCCUUUAUCUGAGGAUCAGAGGGCAGUUUGCAAUAAAAAAAUACAAAAAUACUUACCAUAGGAUAGUAACCUACAUACACACAGUUUAAAAGACCAUAGGUUGUUUAAUUAGCAAAAGGUCUGGGAGAAGAGGAAUGUUUUUGCCUGGUGCCUAAACAGAUGUAACAGAGUAUGCAGUUUUCAGGAAGAAAUGAAAUAUACACAUCUGUAAACCAGAGAUCACUUCUUAGGAACAUAGAAAGCUGUCUGAUACCGAGUCAGACCAUUGGUCCAUCUAGCGCAAUGUUGUCUACACUGACUGGCAGCAGCUCUGCAGGGCUUUAGAUGACCGUUUUCCUACCUGGAGAUGCCGGGGAUUGAACCUGCAACCUUGUGCAUGCAAAAUAUGUCUGCCACUGACCUAAGCUCAUUCCACACAUUUAAGUGCCAUUUUGCAUAGACUCCAGAUGUUUAUUUAUAGUAAACAAUAACAACAACCCAAAUUUCUAGCCCUUAAGUGUAUACAGACAUUCAUGAAAGUAUUUGAAACACAGGAAGUUGCAGCUGGAUUAUCGGUAAUUCAGUAUCAUCCACACCGACUGACAGUGGCUCUCCGGGAUUUCAGACAAGACCUCCCAUCCCCACCUGGAAACUGAGCCUGUACCUUCAGCCUGCAGAGUAGAUGCUGUACCACUGAGCUGUUGCCCGUCUUUCCUCAUUUUCUCUGCUUCUGGCGAGAGAAGUGCAAACUUAAGUUGAUCAGAGCAGUGUGGUUGCAGCAUGGAGCUCAAUCAGCUAUUGUGCUGUUUUAUAUUGUGAUACAUGGGCUGGAUCACUUUAGGUACUUGGCCAACAAUUAUGUACUGGGGGGCUGUUGUAAGGAUGGAGGGGUGGGAGCCCAGCCACCCCCUGGCCAAGGAUCUGUUAGUGUCUCCUAUUGCACUAAGGCCCUUCCUUCCUCUCCUCUGCUCUUCUGCCUUCAUACUGACAUCUCAGGUCCCAGGGUCCAGUGGCCGAACUCGAUUGCAAGGCCUUAUAAUGAUCCAAGCUUAUUGAGUCACUUCUCGAAUGCUCAGUUGUCGCACAGAAGCGGCUGUCCUCCCUCAUGCUGCUUUUACAUUCUCCCCCUCCCAUACUUAAAACACAACAUGUCUUAAGUACUUGACAACCAAUCAGGGGUGUUUAAAUUCCCAUCAUGUCCUGUUUCGGAGCUUCCCAGAAGCAUCACAACUGUCUUCUGUUGGAGACAGGCCAAUGGACGGAUUUUUGGUCUGGUCUGCCAAGGGGAUUUUAAGGCUCUUGAAUCCUGAAUGUGGUAUCACACAUUGCUGUUACCGCAAAUAGAGGCUCAAUGAGAAUUAGGAGACCCACCUGCCUUGGCACCCAGCUGAAGAGUGGGUUUGUGUGUGGAAAUCUGUUCUAAUAAUCCUUUAUAAGCAGGACAGGUUGUUUAAAGGGUAACUGUAAUCCACAAAGAGGCCAACAAUGGAUCUUCAGAGUUAAGGAAAGAAUAGCUUUAUUGUUCCUGAUGUGGGUUUCCCCCCCAAUGUUAUUGACUUCAGACAGUCAGCAUUCCAUGCUCACUAAGCAUGUUCAGUGUUCACUUGAGUUGUUUUUGGAGCCCUGUCUCUUCUUUGCGCCCCACUCCUUUUAAAAAAAUGAUUAAUAUUUUUUGUACUGCUUUGGCUUACUAGCCAGCCACGAUUUGUGAUUGCCACCAGUCCCCUCUUCUGCAUACUCUGGCAUGGACUGAAGACUUGGGUCAGGGUCUUCUCUCAUUAGUACAGGGAGUAUAGAGAAGCAAGAAGAAUGGGUGUAACUCUGAGCAUGGCUGAUGUUGGAUAUCACCCAACAUAAGGGAGCAGAGGUAAAACCAGCCUCCUGCAGAUAACUUGGGGGGGGGGGGGUAACUGGGAAUGGAAAAACCAGGCUUGCAGGAAGCCUGAAUGGGCACAUUCCAUGCUGCAACAUUUUACUGCAAAUCCCACAAAUAGUAGCUGUCAGUGAAUAGUAUGGGACUAUCUCUUAAGCAUAAUUAUUUUUGAUGGGGGGGGGGGGAGAAUCCUAACCAGUGGAAUGAUCACAGGGGAAGUUAAUAAAAACAACAUCCCAUAGCUUAAAUCUGCUGGUUGGAUUUGCUGCUGCUGGAUAGAACCAGCAGUCUGGGUUGCUGGAUGGUUUUUUGUUUUUUGUUUCCCUGGCGUGUAACUUUCCACUGGUCACGCCCGUGCAAAAAUGUUCUGUUGUCGUUUUUCCCCACAGGCCUUCUUUUCCCUCCUCCCACAAAUCUGUUUAUAACAGCCGGGAAACCUUACAUUUAAGGAAGGGGAAGAAUCCACUUUGCUAUCCUUAAUCCAAAAGGACGCCAGAGUGCAAACAGAUAUUUCUCUAAACCGUUUUUUUCAGUUAGGGAUUUGUGAUGUUGCCCCUUCCCAUUCAAUUUUGCAUAAUCGACCCUGGGGAUAGUCCCCAGGCCCCCCUUUGCCUCACUAGACCCAGACGCUUGCUGUUGCUCAGAGCGCUGGAAUAUAGAAAGUGGCAUUCUCAGCCAUACCUGGAGAUGCUGGGGAUACAACACAGGAGCAAGCUACAGCUCUUCCCUCACAAGAUAAAACAAGUUUCCAGUCCUCAUGGUGUUGUACUAAGGGCCAAUUUAAAUAGGAACAGAAGAAGCUGCCUUGUACUGUGUCAGAUCAUUGCUCCAUCGAGCUCGUUAUUUUCUAUCCUGAAGGUGGGGAACCUUAGAGUAGAUCCCCAGGUCAAAUGCAUACCCGCCAUGUGUCCUGGGAAAAAAAGGGGGAACAUCCCAUAUCUCAAUGUGAAAUUGCGGCGGGUAUUUUGGGUGCUGUGAUCUCACACCCUGAAAAAAGCAUUUGUGGGGGGAGAUAGCAGCGCAGGUCACAUGCCUCACCUGGGAGCAUGUCCUGGAAAACACGCACCCCUGUUUUUAAUCUAAAAAAGUUGGGCUGGAUGCAUAUGCAGCCCUCUAGGCCACACCUUCUUCUCUGUUUUGCUUUGCACCUUCCUUGAGUGUUGGUGUCUGGCUGUAAGGUGCCCUUGGUUCUGAUAAGGCCCCUUGUUUGCCUGGAUGGAGGAGAGAAAGCAGUGUGUGUGAGUAUAUGGAGAAAUUAGCCUCAGUAAAACACACCUUUCUUGCUCCAUCUACUUUUGCCCCUGGCAUGUGGCCUAGAAGGGAGUGUGGCCCUUAGGCUGAAAAAAAGGUUCCCCACCCCAUGAUUUAUCUAUCAGGCGGCCCAUUGAAGCCUUCCCUGUCACACACAGUAGCAUAUUGCAGGUUGCCAAAACCGCUUCAAGUAAACAACCUUCUUCAUUCUAUUCAGGGCUCCUCGUUUCUCUUGCCUGAGAUUUCCUGCAACCUGAAGUCCGCCACCGUUGAGAUUUUGCCAAGCUGGUAG